AUGACCUCAUUCCCCUAUGAGCUGGUUCAUGAUGAUCCGACAAGUGCCGCGAAGACGCAGCAACAUGAAGACAAAUUCGCUGAACUCGCAGCAUUCAUGAAUGCCGAACCCGAUGAAAUAGCCUUCGGCCAAACAACUACCUUCUUACUCCGCUCUCUUGGCCAGGCACUGAAAUCCUUACUCAAUUCUGAUUGCGAAAUUGUCGUUUCAAACCUGUGUCACGAAGGUAGUGCCGCAGCAUGGGUUGCCCUCGCCAAGGAUCUGAACAUCGCCAUCAAAUGGUGGGCACCACCGCCAGGCUACGACCCAGUUCUAUCACUAGAGACAUUGAGGCCACUCUUGACACCCAAAACCCGACUCGUGACCUGCAAUCACGUCUCAAACGUUAUCGGUACCAUCCAUCCAAUUCGCCAAGUUGCAGACCUGGUUCAUAGUAUUCCUGGCACCUUCCUCGUUGUCGACGGAGUGGCAUGGGCCCCGCACCGACCCAUCGACGUCAAGGCCCUGGACGUCUUUGGGCCACAUAUCGCACAGCUAUACGGCUGGCGUAGCGCUCAGAAUCGUGUACUUACGGGCAUAAGUCACUAUUUUCUCGGCGGGAUUCCGAGUCUGGAUUGGCGUUUGCGUCUAGGUACCAACUCCUUCGAACUUGAGGAAGCUUUGGUGCCCAUUACCCGAUACCUGAAGCAAGUGGGUUGGGACAAUGUUAUUGCCCAAGAGACCGUUCUACAGGACGUCUUCUUAGCUCAUCUCAGACGCCGACCUCAAGUGUUUCGUAUCUUUGGCGAGAAGUCAUCGGAUGCUCAAAAGCGCAUGCCGGUAAUCACAUUUGAGGUUAUUGGACACUCGCCCACGGUGGUAACCAACAAAUUCAAUCAGAGGGGACGGUUUUUGGAAGCGGAGGAGAUAGAAAACGAGUUGCGGACAUAG